GGGGGGGAAACAUGAGAUUUAAAUAUUACGUAUUCGACGCGCCCCCUGGAGGACAACUGUUCCAGGUAUUAGCUAAUAGCUAGCAACACUUCGAGCUAAAUGGAUUAUUGAGUGCACUCUUAUUCUAGCUGACGUCAUCUCUCCUCAUGGUGUAAGAGUGGUAUUAUGUCCACGCAUGUCGUGCUCUCUGCUGGAUGUAAAGCAUGGAGGUCUCUCUCGUGCCGUCGGGCAGAACUCUGGCUGGAUCUCACACUGGGAUGCGGUCAGACUUUUCGGUGGCGUGAGACUGCAGAUGGACACUGGACUGGUGUAAUGCGGGGGAAAGUGUGGACACUGACCCAAACAGAGAACACAUUAUGGUACUAUGUGUAUGGGCAUCAGAUGAAUCCAGGAGCAGAAAGCGGACAGAAGUGUAAGGUCAAGGAGGAGAGAAGGUCAGGAGGAAUGAUGGAUAUAAAAGAGGAAGAGGGGAAAACGUGUACUGUGAUGUCAGAUCUUGACCACAAAGAUGAGGAUCUCCUAAGGGACUAUUUCCAAUUGGAUGUUAAGUUAGAGGACCACUACAGACACUGGAGCGCAGUGGACCUGCACUUUAAACAAAUAGCUAAUGUCUUUACAGGAGUGCGUAUGUUGCGUCAGGACCCCAGCGAGUGUCUUUUCUCAUUCAUUUGUAGCUCUAAUAACCACAUCUCACGGAUUCAGGGGAUGAUUGACAGACUGUGUCAGACACUCGGGACACCCCUCUGCACGCUGGAUGAUGUGGCCUAUCAUGAUUUUCCCUCUCUGCCAGUUCUUUCAGAUGCUAGCGUGGAGAUGCGUCUGCGUGAUUUAGGUUUUGGCUACCGUGCACGCUUCCUGCAACAGAGCGCUCAACUCAUCGUGAACUCUCACGGCCCGGACUGGCUCAAGUCACUUCGCAGCGUUGCCUACCUGCAGGCCAGAGAUGCGCUCCGAGCACUUCCUGGAGUAGGUCUCAAAGUGGCCGACUGUGUGUGUCUGAUGUCACUGGACAAGGCUGAGGCUGUUCCUGUGGACACACACGUGUGGCAGAUCUCCAAACGGGACUACAACUGCGCCGCCGGUAUCAGCCAAAAGACCCUGACCGAUAAAGUCUACAAAGACAUUGGUGAUUUCUUUAGAAACCUCUGGGGUUCUUAUGCUGGCUGGGCUCACUCGGUACUUUUUUGUGCUGAUCUUAAAAGAUUUCAGAAGCUAAAGGAAGACAUUCCUGUCCUGAAGGAUGAGAAUGAGCCAAAAAAGAUCAAAGAAAAAAGAGAUGAUGGAGAUGAAGAAAAACAGAAAAAGAGGAAAAUCAGCAAAAAGCGUCAGAGUACAUGACUUGUGAAACUGCAGAUCAUGUCAUCUGAUCCAUCGAAACUUUAAAGGGACAGUUCGAUAAAAAAUGAAAACUUUCAUAAUUUCCUCUCAUGUAAUCUCAUAUCUGUAUAAAUUACUUUGUUCUGUUGAGAAGAUAUUUGAAGAAUGUUCGCAAUUUUCAGUUCUGGGACAUCUUUGACUACCAUAGUAGUAAAAAUUCAAAUGGUUGUGAAAGGUGCCCUAGAACUGUUUAUUUUCCAUAAUUCUCCAAAAUAAAUGUAUACACAUUUGACCGUAUUUGAUGACAGAAUUUUAAUUUCUGGAUGACCUUCAAAGAAGAAGUUCACUUCAAAAUGUGACCCAGUCAUUUUUAUUCCUACUAAGUCAAUGGGGGCAAAUUUUGAAGUGAACCAAUCCCUUAAUACAAUGUGAUUUAGUAAAUAAUUAGUGUAGUGAAUGAAUGUAUUGCAUUUGUCUGGAUUACAAACUGAUUGAUUUUAUUUGUGAUUUUAAAGAAGAGGAUUUUUUUUUUAUGCGCACCUGUACGCUUUCAGACGUGCUGCGUAAAUCUGCAUUUCAACACACACAACAGUUUGUUGUUCCAUCAGGCUUUGUGAACCGGUCAGUAUAAAACUUGUUAUAAAAUUAAGAGUUGGCUCUACAAUCUACAUUUAAGUGCAACCAUCGUGGACACAUUUCAUUUUGUCAUCAACUAACCAAGAGGUGUGAAACUUCUGAAGAGCCACAGAAGCCAAGUUUGUAACCCCAACUGAACACUGCAGAACAAGAUAAUAUGGAUUACCUGAAAAUUACAGGCAACUGGUUUGAGUGAAAACUUUUAUUGACUAACCCUUCACAUCCAGCUAUGUUCCUUGCGCAAGCGCAGUGAGGGACCACUAGAUGGCCCUAUAGCUGAACUCCUUGAGUCUGGUUUUAAAGACUGUUCCCUGCAGUCCAUUAUAAAGGCCUUAUCCUAUGAACCCUAAA